GGCGGGCGGGUGCGGCGCCGCCACCCCUCCCGGUCGCGGCGGCUCGGCUGCGGGGCUGGAGGGACGACGCCCCUCGGAGGCUCGUACAGCGGCGGGCCAUGUUUGCCCUCUGGAAGGCCGCGCUCUCCGAGACCCUGCUGGAACCGGUCCUUAAAGUGCUGUGCUGUGUUGAACGAGGUGCAAUGUUGAGCGUGGUCACCAGGCCUCGUACCUGCGGGCCUUGGGCUCAGCGGCGUGGUGCAUCUCCUGCAGAACGCGUAGGGAAGCAGCACGGCACGCGCUACAUUUCUUGGUCUCUUUACCAUGCGCUGCCGCCGAUGAUCUAUUACUUUCCCCUUCAGACACUGGCACUCACCGGUUUAGAAAUUUUUGCUGUUGCGUUCUUUUCUCCAAUAUUCUUGAUAAUUGGUCCUUUUUGGAAGCUGGCUAACAACAAGUAUAUCCUAGCCCUUCUGAGACUGACUAUGGUUGGAAGCUUAGCAUCAUAUCAGACACCAAGUGCUUCAACUAGACUAUUCAUCUUGGCUGUUGGUGUUUCUUCCUCUUUGCUGGUUCAAACGGCAACAUGGUGGUCAGGAAACAGUUUACAAAGGUUCAUCAGGAUAUGGGGCUUCAUUCUAGGCAAGAUAAUGCUACUUGUUCUUCGAAUCUGGUAUACAUCACUAAACCCAGUCUGGAGCUCACAAGCUGUCAAUACUGUCAUACUGACACUUGGUUUUAUAGCAGCAGUGGAGGAAAUUUAUUCGGGUGGAGACAUGAAGAAACAAGAAGCAAAUAAAACUGGUAAUGCAGUUAGAGGGACUGUUUCCCAGCCUAACUGGCUUUUGUCAGGAAUUGCUUUUGGCAGCCUCAUGUUCCUCACUGUGUGGAUAUUUGGGGAGGUCUCACUGGUUUCUAGAUGGGCAGUCAGUGGACAUCCACAUGCAGGCCCAGAUCCUAAUCCAUACGGGGGUAUAGUUCUGUUGGCACUGGCUCAUGGAUUGAUGCUUUCAUUUUCGAGUUGGUCUUCUGUCACCAGUUUUGCCUGGUUUCUUAUAGGAGCCAACACUUUCAAGUCAUUCUCCGCAACCUUGAAGACUAGAAACUUAAUGCAGACUAAGUUUCCUCCAGAAUUACUUGUCUUCAGGAACAAAAGUAUAACAUCUUCGGCUGGUCUCCUUUAUUUACAGACCUGGAGCGCCGCUAUUGCAGGCAACGUUCUUGCUGUCUUUACUAUGAGUGUGUGGCCUCAACUGGCUGGACACUUUAUUAGCUGUCUGCAUCCUGGGAAAGCCAUGACUACAGCCAUGUUUGCCUAUGUUCUUGAAUUAUUCUUCUGUGCAUGGUGUACUGCUUAUAAAUUUGUACCUGGAGGAAUUUAUGCUAGAGAAAGUUCCCACCUUCUUUUAGGGUUUCUCAUGUUAUGUAUUGGAUUAGACAUUCUAACAGGAUCCAAGAAAGAUCUUAGCUCUGUCUUUGAAGUGAAAAGCAACCAAAAGCCACUAUUCAAAAAGAGUAGAAAAUAUAUUAAACUACUGUUGUGGCUGUUUGUUGGUGUUGGUUUGCUAGGAUUGGGUCUACGUUAUAAAACUUACAGGAAGAAGUUGGGGCAAGGGGUUCCAAAAAGAGACUUCUCUGCUCUGAUCUGGCCUUUUCGAUUUGCAUAUGACAAUGAAGGAUGGUCUAAUUUAGAAGGAUCCGCUAAUUUGCUUAAUCAGACAGGUGCAGACUUCAUCACUAUUCUGGAGAGCGAUGCCUCUAAACCAUUCAUUGGGAACAAUGAUCCAACAAUGUGGCUUGGAGAAAGACUAGGAUUUUACACAGAUUUUGGUCCAAGCACAAGAGAUCACACUUGGGGGAUUAUGGCACUAUCAAGGUAUCCAAUUGUAAAAUCUACCCAUCACCUCCUCCCAUCUCCAGAGGGAGAGAUUGCACCUGCCAUCUCCAUGACUGUCAACUUCACAGGGAGACUGAUUGACUUUGUUGUCGCUCACUUUGGAAAUGAAGAAGAGGACUUGGACAGAAAACUCCAGGCUAUAGCUGUUGCAAAGCUGUUGAAGACUAGCUCUAAGCAAGUUGUAUUUCUGGGAUACAUCACUUCAGCUCCCGGAUCCAGAGAUUAUACUGAAUUAAUAGAAAAUGGAAAUGUCCAGGAUAUUGACAGUACAGAUCUUGACAGAUGGUGUAGUUAUAUUAUGUACCGUGGAGUAAUCAGGUUGGGCUAUGCCCGCAUAUCUCAUGCUGGUCUAAGUGAUUCAGAAGUCCAGGUGGCCAAAUUUAGGAUCCCAGAUGACUUGGAUAACUAUGCUGAUAAUGACAGAGUUGUCAUUGAUCCCAGCCAAGUUCCUGAGGACAUCCAUUUCAAUCCCAGGUUUGGAUCCUAUAAAGAUGGACAUAAUUAUGAGCGUAUUCAUCACUUUCAUAUGAGCACUCCUAAAUAUUUUAAACAGACAAAUUAGAAUGAGAAAAUAACGUAUCAUUUGGACCAACAAGAAAGGCUUGUUGCUUGAAACUGAAUUGCCAGCCAAUAAGUUGAUAAACUGGUAUCUACCUAGGACAGAUAUCUGCUUUGUAUUCAGCAAAGGGAGAGUGGGAACUUGCUUUGGCAAUAGCUUCUUCAAUUUAAUUGAAACUACCUAUAUUAUACUGUCUUAGAGUUAAAAAUAUCUGUCCAUCUUUUCUUUAGGGUCUAGAUAUGACCCCUUUGCUCUUCUAGGAGCUCAGUGGAAUAAUCAUGAGCAAGGAGUUGGAGCCAACUUCCUUUUUCUUUUCUUUUUUUUUUCUUUCUUUUCUUUUUUUUUUUUUUUUAAGACUCAGGCAAAGGAAAAGAAUGUGACAGUAUAGGUAACCUGCUCGGAUGUUACACUUAGUAGUCUGGCUACUAUUGUAAUAACAUGUGUGUAGCUUGGCCUAUAUUUUUUUCAAAAAAGGAAAGGUACUAGUGUGUGGAGUAUUUUUUUUCCCACCGGGAGAUAUGGAAUAACUCUAUGAUGUGUUUAAAGAAGUGUAGUCUGUGCAUUUUUGACUUACUGAAACCAUAUUUACAUCUGCUGCUAUUCCAUGCUUUAUUCUUAAAGAAAUGUAUUUUAUUAAAACUAUUUACAAAUGAUUAGUAUUCCUAGUAUUGGAGAAAAGGCUGUGUACUUCUUUAAAGACAAAUCAUUAUUUACAUACUCUCUCUAUUAACAAGGUAUUAACAAGGUAUAAAAACACUGCAAUGUUUUUACAAAGGGAAGAGUAAAGGACUUCUGAAUUGCUAUAGUUAUAUGACACUUAGUGGACACACUGCAGAAGAAUAAAAAAUCACACUGAUGACAAGGUUUCUGAGAAGGAAAAAAAAGUGGAUGGAAAUUUUUAUUCAAAAUGAACUGUAAUAAAACAAAGCAUCAUUCUUUA